GCUGAAACUUCUAAAAUGUCUGUUGUCCGUUGACGCUUCACUUGCGUUUUGAGGGUGUAUUUUAACAAAAUCGGUGUUUAAAUCUAAAUCUACUCACAAUUUAACUGACAAAAUGUGCUUUUAGUUCAAUAAUUUGCACAUUUCCGCUUCGGUUGCCAUUAUAGCAUUCGCUAGACCCGCGUAAAGCAGAUCUGGUAUUUUGUUAGUGUUUACGGAAGCGGGUGCAAUGGCUUUUAGAAUACACGAAGAUCAAGAAAAUGCCUCUUUGGGGUUACGAAAAGACAGCGCAGAUGUAUUUGCUGCAAACCAACGUCGCGCCCUCGGCGACCUCAGUCAAUUUGCGUGCAACCAAAGUCGGAACCUAAAACUUCCUGGAUUGACGAAUGGACCUUGUAAAGUUCAAGAUGAGAACAGGACUAUGCGCCAAAUUAAGAAUGAAAAGAACAUCGUACCACCCGUGGCGCAAUUUCGCGCCUUUAGCGUUUAUGAAGACAAGCCAACUGAGGCGGAGGUCAAGAAACGAGAGCAUACUUUUAAGCCUUUUGUUGUCAAAGAGACGAAGAAGGAUAGCAUAUUUGUCAGUAACGAGAAUUCAAAAGCGCUGUGUCUUCAAGCUGAAAAGAAACCAGAUCGGCUUAUAGAACCGCCUUCAGCUCGGCCUUUGCAAGAAAAGAAAAAUGUGGUGGAAUCCCCUAUGUCAGUUGUGGACACUAGUGUGCUCUCUAUGUCCAUAUCUAAGAAUGAGAGUCAGAUUAUUGAUGAUGAGGAUGAUGAUGCAACCACUGCCCAGACUGACCGUGAGAUGUUCUUCCAUGUGGUUGAGUACCGACAGGACAUCUAUGAGUACAUGAAGGAGAUUGAGGCAAAGAAUAGAGCUAACCCCCGCUACAUGCGUAAACAGCCUGACAUCACCCAUCUAAUGCGCUCCAUCCUCAUUGACUGGCUGGUAGAAGUAUGUGAUGAGUACAACCAGCAGAAUGAGACCUUGCAUCUGGCUGUCUCAUAUGUGGAUAGAUUCCUCUCCUACAUGAGUGUGGUUCGCACUAAACUGCAGCUUGUGGGCACGGCUGCAACUUAUAUUGCUGCGAAAUAUGAAGAAGUUUAUCCACCAGAAGUGUCGGAGUUUGUGUACAUCACAGACGACACAUACACGAAGCGUGAAGUACUUCGUAUGGAACAUCUCAUCCUGAAGGUUUUGUCGUUCGAUCUGUCGACGCCAACUUCUCUUGCAUUCCUGUCUCAUUACUGCAUAUCCAAUGGUCUUUCAAAGAGGACAUUCCAUCUUGCUUCUUAUCUUGCUGAGCUAUGCUUGUUGGAAGCGGAUCCUUACCUUCAGUACAAGCCAUCGGUGAUCGCGGCGAGUGCGUUGGCAACGGCCCGCCACUGUCUACUGUGCUCGAGUUGUACAGAGGAAGCGAAGUCUGACGGCAAGGAGGUUGAUGCUCAGUGCGCCGCCGCCGCGUGGCCGACCGCCCUGGCCGCCUGCUCCGGCUACUCGCUCACCGACCUGGACUCUUGUCUGCGAGAGCUGGCCCGCACACACUCACAUGCUUCUAUGCAGCCAUACCAGGCGGUGCCAGAUAAAUACAAGAACAACAAAUUCGACGCUGUAUCGACGAUCGAGCCCAGACCGAUGUUCUCCGUGCCGAAGUACCAGCCACCUGCUCCCGCGAACAGCACCCGCCCGGCGGCCGACAAUACCCGAAGCAGCUAGUAAAUUCCCCAAUAUGAUCCAAUGUGUUACUUAGAAUUAGACGAAUUGACCGUGUGAUCGGAUGACGGACCCGAAUUAGUGUUAAUGCAGCCCUCGUGCUCGAAUGUUAUUUGCUCAGUGGCUAUUUCAAUCUCCCGAUAAGAUCAAUAUCGUAGAAUACGUGCAAAUCCCUUGGUCGCUUAAGAAAGUACAAACCAACCAAAUCGUGGCCAGUAGGAUACAGAAUACAUAUUUUUUGUAGUUAUAUUUGUACGGCCAAAGAUGUACAUAAUCAAAUAAAUACAUAAGCAAUUCCGCCUUUCCCGCAAGUCAAAAAGAAACUCAAGAAACAUUACAUGAUACAUCCCUUAAAAUAUCUAAUCUACCUCUGCAACAUCUGAGUGAGAGAUAACCGCAGAGGCAUUGUUUAGGAUUUUAGAUAAAAAGAAGCUCUGGGUAUUAUUUCGGUAGGUCCUUUGCAUCCAUGUUUGCCUUGAACGCUACUUUAUAUUUAACAGCCAAUGCAGUAAAACAUUAAAGGUGAGUACAAAACGUUCCUGAGUAUUUCCAAUUCGAAACUUAAGACUUGUUACAUUUGUUCUAAUUUCUAUUAUAAGGAAUAGAGUUCAACUAAUAAAUAUGAGAGAUUGGAAUCCUGUGUAAGUUGUUAUGCUAGUUUUAGAUUUAACAUUUUCCUAUGGAAAUAAAAAUACUUCGACUUCUGUUAGCAUGCAAAAUCUUUUUACUUCUUAAUGUGUAUUGUGGUUUAUGGUUGCAUGACGAGUGGUCUGGACACGCAUCAAAAUUCGUAUAAUUGGUACUCAAUUUGCAAGAAAAUAAACGUUCACAUUUCGCAUUACCAUUAAUAAAUAUUUAAUUUACUCUUCUCCCAAAGAAUCUGACCUCAACAGUAUAUCUAACCAGUUUAUAACAGCACUCGCCUAGACCAUAAUGAAUGUACAAAUUAAUGUAUACUUAAGUUGGUAUCUAUUAUAAAUCGUAAUCAUAACAUCAACCCUAACUGUGUUCAUUUUAUCUUCGGAGGUCUUCCGCAUUUUCCAGAUUAUACAGAUUUUUUACUUUUUGCCGCUGCUUUCAACGCUUUUAUUUUUAUAGAUUAAGUAGGUAUACAUACCAGGAGGACUAGGCUUCACAGUGAAUCAAGAUGUCACAUAUAAAUUCUACAGGGUUUAAUUAUCUAGCUCUUAGAAAUUUACAUUUGCAACGCUUUUGAGUUCGAGACACUUCCUAUAGGAACAUUAGUGCAUAAUUUGAUUCCGAUUGAUAGCAUUUCAGUGCGAUGUUUGUUAGUAAAUUAUUAUUUUUGAGAUGUAAGGUAUGUUUUUAAUAUUGGAUAGUAGUUUUUAAUGUAAUUUAAUAUAAUAAUAUAAUCGCUAUUUUUCUCCAGUUUUGUAAAUGGAGGUAAGUUCGAGUACCUUUAUUGGUAAUUAUAGUAUUUUAAAUAAA